GUCGAUAGCCAAAGGAAGCUGUAACGUUACCAAAUAAAUAUUUAGAAACUCAAAGAGAAUAGAGAACAGACACAUUUCAUCACACACUUCAAUGGCGACCGUGAGAGAGCUCUCCUCCUCGAAGCUUAUAAGAGAUUCUGAUGAUGAAGAUGAAGUAUGGGUGACACACUAUUCAUCGAACCAUCAAAUCCUUCUCGUCGGCGAAGGAGACUUCUCAUUCUCUUGCAGCUUAGCCACUCGCUUUGGCUCUGCUUCCAAUAUCUGUGCUUCCUCCCUCGAUUCUUACGAUGAUGUGGUUAGAAAGUACAAGAAAGCAAGUUCUAACCUUGAUACUCUGAACAGACUUGGUGCUUCCCUCUUACAUGGUGUUGAUGCCACCAAACUCCAACUUCACCCUCAUCUUAACUCCAGAAGAUUUGACCGUAUCAUCUUCAACUUCCCCCACGCCGGCUUCCACGGCAAAGAGACCGAUUCAAAACUUAUACAGAAGCAUAGACAACUGGUGUUUGGAUUUCUCAAUGGUGCAAGCCGUAUGUUAAGAGCUGAUGGAGAAGUUCAUGUCUCUCACAAGAACAAAGCCCCUUUUUGUCACUGGAAGCUCGAGGAGCUCGCUAGCAGAUGUUCUCUUGCGUUGAGACAACGUGUGGCGUUUGAGAAGAGCGAGUACCCUGGUUAUGAGAAUAAGAGAGGAGAUGGGUCUAGAUGUGACUUGCCUUUCCUUUUAGGAGACUGUACUACUUUCAAGUUCACUGUCUCUCGCGUCGCUAAGGAGAUUUAUGCUGAGAAGUCGAGAUGGAGAGAAAUGAAGGAACGAGAAUCAAAGUUGCUCAUGUAUCCCCUCCAGCCACAAAUACAAUCUCAAUGUGUUAUCCAAAGACCACUACUUUCCUUUGAUCUCAGCUAUCACCACCAGGACCGUUGCCAUAGGCAAAUGCAAGAUCCUUUUGUUCAACCAAGAACAUCUCCAUUGGAUCUUGGUUAUUACCGAGAACUUAGAUGUUCACAGUUUGAAGAUGCUAGCUCUAUUCGAGCAACACAAAUACCAGCGUCCUUUGCUCUAGAAAGACACCAUGAUCACUGGUAUCAAGACAGCUUAAGAUGCAAUGAAAGAAGCGGCCUCCAGUUCCAUGACUUCAGUCAUUAUCAUCCUCAAGAAGAACGGUUCCUUGAAGAAUGCUCACGCCGCUUCAGUGGAGUUCCGCUUGAUAUUUAUAACAGGGGAACACAGAGCUAUCCUCAUGGGUACACUGGAGAAUUACCACGCCCUCUGCUUUGGCAAGAACCAUUCUUCCUAGGCUCCUCUCAUGGCUGGGAAGGAGGAAGAACAAUGUCAACAAGUACCAGCUUUCAUCAUUUGCACACAGAAGAAUCACAAGAAGGAAGGUUGAUUUGGCAGAGAAACCUCAACAUUUACCAUCCAUACCACUGGUAAAUCAUACUGGCUUCCAGUGAGUGAAGGCUUUGGAGUUACAAAGCAAAAAAUCUUUUUUAAGAAUUGCGGUUGGACAGCUCAAAACUGCGACUAUCUCAGUAUGGGGGAUGAUAAUGUUAGCCCAUGUAGGAGUAGAUUUUGUGUAUCUAUUUUAGCUUUUUGUUCGUAUAAUGAAUGUGUUAGUGGAAAUGGUUGAUGAGUCUUUCAUCUUGCACUGUUUUUAAGUAUCGAUCAUAAGCAAGAGAUUUAUCAAUACCGUUGUUUUAACGGUCAAAUCUA